UUAAUUUAUAAUUUUAUUUAUUUAUUUUCAGUAUUCCACUUGCAAAAAAAAAAAAAUACGUAGCUUAUACCUAUGCCAUGCAGUCCUAUGAUGGAUUGUCAUUCCAUAUUUGCUACUUAGGAAUAACGUACAAAUAUAAUAUUAUAAAGAUCCACGAAGACAUUAGCUACAUUUUAAAUCAACGUUAAAUUAUUAAAUUGGAUAAACUUUUAUUGACCAUAGUUGCGGAUCAUUGUACUAUUAACUUAAAAAUUGCAAAUAUUAGCCCAACAAAGAUCCCUCUACUUUGGGACUACAGACAUUGCCUGGCCAUUUUGACAGAAACUCAUUUUACAGAUGCCAAAAAUGACAAUCUUGAGGCUGUAGGGCAAAAAUGGCAAUGUGGUUUUCGGCACACAAUAACCAAUUUGAGUAUCUCAAUGGAGUACCUCGAGAUAUACGGGCUGGACUUCUACUCCUCCAUUGUUGGCGUCCCAGCACUUUUCGAGAGCACGGCUCACGAUGGGUAGGUUUUCACUUUUUUCUAUGCUUUUUAUUUCCGUCUUCUUUCAAUUUCGGCGUUGGUGGAGGUGGAGGUGGAGGUGGAAAUCGCGGCGACGACGGCGACGAUUGGAGACAGGGGUGGAACCGCGGUCCCCCAGCCUGGAGGCCAGGACGCGGGAGCUCAAGGGCACGUGGUGGGCCACGUGGCCGUGGACAACGUGGCAACAGGGGGUCACGCGGUUCAUCACGUGCCCUUGGACAACGUGGCAACAGGGGGCCACGUGGCAAUGGAUUAGGCGACGCAAGCUCUGCAGGCGGUCUCAAUCGACGGGAGCGCUGGGCCUUGGCCCAGCAUGCCAUCCAGAUGGGCCAUCCGGAGCUCCGUGACGUUAUGCUGAAGUUACCAAACAGAGCUGCUGCUGCUCCCGCGUUCAUCAACCAAAAUGUCCUGCUGGUCACCUCGCAAUGCCUGAAAUCAAGCAGCUUUGAGAUUAAGACGAACCGCUUCGUUGGCCAACGAAAUUUCCAUCCAUCUCCGGGGCUCAUCGAAUUUGAUCUCCUAUAUACAGGACUGCUCCGGUAA